AUGUCCGUCCCCCACCUGGAGUUUGAAGACCUGGUGCGAGUGCGCGGGCGGCGGGACCUAGCGUUUGUGUCGCGCGUGGCCGGCGGCGACACGGAUGACGAGUCGCUGGCGUCGGACGACGCAUCGUCGGACGGCGACGGCACGGACCAGCGCGGCCGCUUCGUGCGCUGGCUGGACGGCCUUCCCGGCGUGUCCUCGCUUGCCGCCCACCCGCGCACGGACGACCAAGGGAGGAAGCUCAUUUCGAGCUACGACGACGAUGACAUGGACGUCGACGACGAGCCGGACGCCCUGUCCGCUAGCAGCGACGAGAAGCGCGAUAAGCGCGAUACUAAGGAGCUUCCUGAGGGCUGCGCGCUCGUUGUCAUGGCCGCGACGGGGGAGAAGGAGGUGUGCAAGCUCGACGACCUCGAGCUGCUGGAUAGGAACUUUGACCCCGGCUUGCUCGCCGCGUGGGUCGAGGAGGGCCCCGACGGUUUGAAGCAGUCGGGCUUGGUGGAGGAGGUGCGCAAGACCGUCAUCGUGAGAAGGGUCGUCGAUAUUACUCCGGCCACGGUCGCUGUUGCUGAUGACGCCACAACGUUCGAGCUACCUGCGGAGCGCCUGGGUUUCUUCUUGGGCAUCCGCGCGGGCGACACAGUUGUCAGCGGGUCCUGGGUUGGUGUCAUUGAUCACUUUCAGGAGGAUGUCUUUGUCGAAUUCUCAGACGGCGCCAUCGCCUGCAUGCCGGGGCAUCGCAAGGCACUGCUGAACGUCGAUGAACGAACGCCCGAUCGCGCGAGGCCAGACCCCUUCACCGAAGGAUUGUAUUAUCCAGGACAGAAGGUUCGCUCUAUCCCGCCUGUGUGGCAGGCGGUCGCUACCUGGAUCCGAGGGGGGUAUUCGGGCAAGGAUGAGGGCAUCGUCAAGUCGGUGUCCGUCGGCGAUGUCAGCAUCGAGUGGGUCGCCAAGAGCAUGUAUGCAAGCCACAGUGAUGAAUCGAGAAAGGAAGAGGGCCUUCAAGUGAUGAGGUUCGCCGACGUCACACUACUCGAGGGCUUUCGGAGCCUCUUGUGGUCUGUUGGCGACCGUGGCUACUUGCUCGAGCCGGAGCUCGCGGAUGGCCGUGUCGCGGAUCGUGCCACGCCUGUGGAUGGCGCUAAUGGUGUCAUAGGUACGGAGGUAGUGGAAGAGGCCGAUGACGGUGAUGAUGGCGACUGGGAGGAGGAUCUGGUGCUGGACCACAGUGGCGCUGGGCCGUCAUCCUCACCUGCAAUGCCGCCAAGGAAGAUGCGGUCAAGACGGCACGGGGGGCGGCUUAUGAAGGCCCAACGGAGAGCGAGGGAGCGCAGCGCGGGCGGCGCCAAUGUGGCUACCGUUACUGAUGCCACGGUGGCGAGUGCCUCGGCAAAACCAGAAGAUGUCGUGCAAGUUGUUGGUACCAAGACCACGGCUGACAUCGUAUGGCAGGAUGGCUCCAGGUCGAAGGGCGUGCCAACUACGAGCUUGCGAUUGCUGCAUCACUCGGACCCGUACGACUUUUGGCCCGGAACCGUUGUCCUCAGGACGGACGAGGAAGCGGAUGUCCCAGGGAAUGAGGGCACAGAGGUAAAGAAGCCUUCCUUAUUCGACAUCAAAAAGGGUGCAGUGGUCAAGGUGAAUCAGAAUGAACGAACCGCUCUCGUCAAAUGGCAAAAGGACUCAGAAUCUGCGUUCAUCGUGGAAGAGGAGAUGAGCGUUUAUGACCUCAAGAUUGCAGAGUAUGAAGUGGGUGUUGGAGAAACAGUAUUGCAUGUGCCGCAACAGAGUGACGAACAGCGAAACGAGUGGGUCGGGGUGAUUACCAAGCAGGCCAUGGGGGAGAGCACCGUUGCCUGGACGGGUGGUAAAGUGAGUGCAGUUCCAACAACUGAGCUUUUAUACAUUACAGGCGGGGAUGAUGAGUCGUUCGAGGGAAUGGAACAUUACUCGCUUGAGGGGAGCGAUCAACCAAGCCCUGGCUCAUCAGAUGAAAUCCCUUCGCGAGAAGCGCCCCCCCAUUUUCAAGUACAAGACAGCCCGGUCUAUCAGCAGAAUUGGGGAACAGAUGACGACGGGGAGGACGGUGGUGAUAGCGAUCAUGUAGUGUUUUCGUUUCUUGCUGGGAAAGAAGUAAUCAAACGCCACCUUUCGAGUGCUACGAUUCGCGCUUUCCACAGGGGCGCAGAUUGGGUCAAGUUUGAGCGUUCAGUAGAGAAUAUUGGAACCGAUGUGAGUGACAGGCUGAAAGUCAGACGCUUCAUGCCGGAUGGAUCUCUGAGAAGGCGGGAGAUCUCAACCGAUGAAGAACGCCGCCUAGCGGGCGCUUUUGUGUUCAAGGUUCUUGGCGACCUUCUUUUGCAAUUCGAAAGAGAAAGGGACGAGGACGUUGACGCUGAAGUCCGCUCGGAAGAAGCUGCAAAUGACGAAUGGACGGAUUUCGUGAAUCUAGUCGUUUUAAUAUUCGGUCGGAUAAUGAAGAAAGAAACAGAAUGGCUAUCCAAACAAUUGGCCAUGGUUGGGGAGAAAGUCGAUGUUAAAUUGGCAGACAGCACUCUGCAUGGCGAGAAGAAUGAAGCAGAUGCUCGAGAAAUGGAGAUCACAGAUGAGCAAGUUAAUGUGCCAUCCGAGGCAGACUCAGGAGGGCCAGCGAGCUUUGAAGUUCUUCCAGACCUUAACGUCUUCCACCACUUCAUGGAUGUCCCCUGGGAUGCGACCUACAGCAAAGGAUUUCUGACCGUGGUCCACAAGGAAUGGAAUCGCCUCAGGAAAAGUCUACCCCCGGGCAUGAUCGUCCGUGCAUGCGAGUCCACUGUCGAUAGAUUCCGCGCCGGGAUUGUUGGUCCUGAAGACACGCCUUACGCCGACGUCAUCUUCUUUUUCGAUAUCCGCCUGGGCCCCAAGUAUCCCGUCAUGCCACCUCAUGUAUGGUUUCAUUCUCAUGGUCGACGGCUGAACCCGAACUUGUACGAUGACGGAAGGGUCUGCCUCAGUAUUCUCGGAACAUGGGAUGGAGACGAUAUCGAGUCAUGGAAUGCAAAGACGAGCAACCUGUUGAGGGUUUUGCUGAGUUUACAAGCUUUGGUGUUUGUGGAAGAGCCGUACUACAAUGAAGCAGGAUACGGAAAACAGAAGGGGACCAAAGAGGGCCAUACCAACUCAAGAAUGUACAACGAAAGCGCACUCCUGCUCUCUAUGAGGUAUAUCUUGCAGUCGUUGAAAGUGGGGAACCUUCCCGAGGAUUGCAGGGACAUUGCGAUAAGUCAUUACCGCAAAGCGGGGCCAAAAUUACUGGAAAGGUGCCGUCAACUUAUUCAGGCUAAAGACGUGAAGCCAGCAGGUCCUAGCUCAGAUACUGGGGACGCAGGGACGUCGGAUCAACAGCCUUACCCUUCUGUAGGCUUCCAAAGGUCGUUGGUCCAGCUCCUGGGAUCUCUUGAAGGUGUGUUUUCUUCUUUGGAGAAGGAUGAAAGCUAACCACUAGCCCUGCGCUUCUACGGCUGCACAGGGAACGAGUGUAUUUAACUUUUUGAGAUAAAAUCUUGAGGGCUUCGGUAGAGUUGAUGUAGUACAGACAUACCCAGGGCAAGGCUAAUUGUAAUUGUAAAUAGUGUUUACUCCGACACCAGCUCGAGUUUUGGGGUUGGUCCGACGCUGCGUCCUCUUGCAGGACAAUGCAAGACGAAGAAACACGCAUAAUCAACACAAAGCACUCACGA